AUGGUAAGUGGAGAAGGCCCAGUACCGAAUCAGGCCGACACGGUCGCAUUCUGGCACAGCCUGUGGUCAGAGCCCGUAAACUACAACGAGGGCCCUUGGACGGAAGUUGUGGCGAGUCAGUGUGCGGGUAUUACGCUCAUAGACCCCGUCAUCAUAACGCCGGAUGAUGUAGCUAAGGCGGUCCUUAGGUCUCCGCACUGGAAAAGUCUGGGGCUUGACGGGCUGCAUCACUACUGGCUGAAGGGAUUCAUGGUGUGUCAUGCUGUGCUCGCUCGACAGUUUCAAGAGGCUAUCAACCAGAAGUCGCUCCCGAGCCUCUUCACAACUGCGAUCACUCAUUUGGUUCUUAAAGAUUAG